UUUUUGAAGAACAACCAACUAUUUUUGUUAAAGCUAUUGAAGUUAAAGCAAUCAUUCAAAAUCAGCAAUUUUGGUAUGAUGUUGAACAAUUAAAAACGAUUUUAUGUCUUGCAAAGAAUGCUAUAAAGGCUCUUAAAUUUACUACAACUACAUUAGCUGAUUGCUUUUUAAAUUAA